CCUCCCAGAGCCCACAACAUGGCGGGUUUAUUGGUAGAGCAACACGACUAGAGGGAGUAAAGGAGACAAACCGAGGGUAAACACACGGCUUAAUGAUAAGGAACUCGACUCGAGGGAGUAUACAUUAUACUAUAAUAUCACAUCAUUAAUAUGAGUUCAUGAGACAAAAAGGAGGAUACGCAUAAGGUUUAUGGGUAGGGAAGAUGUAUAUGAGAUCAGCUGAGGAUUAUACAUGAGGAUGUUGAACAAAACAACAGUAGAUCCUUCCACGUUUGUACUGAAGAGGACUCUAACGUGCUGGCCAGACCUGAACUAUUACUAGGAUCUCUUCUCUGCUCCAGGAUCCAGUUUUCCACUUUGAGUGUUGCAGGUGUGUGUGUGUGUUUGGGGGAAUUGGGAAGGCCUCGAGAAGUGGCAGGACGAGGUUUGCCCUCCGGACUUGUAUACACCUCUGCUUCGCCCAGCCGUGAGCAGCUCAAACUGGAUCUGGGAGAGCGCUGGUGUCUCGGGGGCGUGUGCCAGCAGGGGACUGUGAACAGCCUCCCAACAGGUGAACAGCCUCCCAACAGGUGAACAGCCUCCGACAGGUGCAGUUGGCUACAGGAGGAGCAUGUUGAGUGGCUUCGGUUGUCAUGGAGCCGCAGGAUAAAAAGCAGGAGGGUCAGGCUGUGGCCCUAGGCCUGUCCACGGGCCUGGCUCUGAGCACGCUGAAGGACCAGCUCAGUAGCCUGCUGGAGCAGCACCAGAUCUCCACACACAGACGGACCUCCCCACAGGAACGGUGGCUGAAGAGCUUCCUGUACCAUGGCAACCGCCACUCGUGUCUCCACUGGCCCGGAGCACUCCUCACCCUCCUAGUGGUGCUGGGACUGCUCUGUUGCCAUGGCAGCCAGCCGGCGGGAAGUUCUGGCAUUGAGCUGGUCAGCGCUGCGGCCCUGCUGCUGCUCUUCACCCUGAACCUGCUGCUGAUUGGUCGACAGCAGAGGCUGAAGAGCAGCGAGAUGGUGCGGCGCCUCAAGACCAUCAUCUCCAAGCUGGACGCCUACCUCGCAGCAGGGCAGGGGGAGAGUUCGUGCUGGCCUCCCUCCCUCUACCCAGACCUUUACACGCCCUCCUCCCCGGCCUGGACCCUGACCUGGGCGUACCGGGACUCCCAGCUGGUCAACCUGCCCGUCAGCCUGCUGGUGGAGGGAGACGUGGUGGCCCUGAGGCCCGGGCAGGAGGCCUUCGCCUCCCUACGGGGCCUCAAGGACGACCAACACAUUGUGCUGGAGCCCGGGGACCACUUCCCCCCCUUCUCCCCCCCGCCCUCGCCGCAGGCCGAUGAGAAGAGAGGCCCACAGAGCCCCCAGCAACAGCGCCUCUUCAAAGUGGUCCGCACACCUGUCCUUGACAGUGUCAGGAACAGCUUGGAGUUGGCACUGUCCCGGCCAAUCACGGCCAUGGACAACGAGCGCUUCACCGUGCAGUCUGUCAUGGCCAAGCUGGUCUGUCCUAUCGUACUGAUGGCGUUCCUCCUGGUGAACACCGUGCGCUACUUCUGUGCCGCCCCCGGACUGACUCCUCCCGCAUUUAACUUCAUCCAACUGCAGUUGAUGGGGGUUCUGCCCAUCCUGCCACUGCUCUUCCCCAUCAUGUGGGUUCUGGUGAACGCCUACGGAGAGGCCCGCGUCCUGGCUGAGUCCAGCCGCGCCUCUCCCACUGGCCUGCUCGCUAAGUUCUCUGAGGAUACCCUCAGCAGCUACACGGAAGUGGUGUCCUCCCAGGAGAUGCUUCGCUGCGUGUGGAGACAUCUGGUGGGCGUCCUGAAGGGAGAGUCUCAGACGCUCUGCUAUACCUCCAGCCUCUUACACACUCUGGGAUCUGUUACCGUCCUGUGCUGCGUGGACAAGCAGGGCAUCCUGUCCUGGCCGAACCCCAGCCCAGAGACGGUCCUGUUCUUCAGCGGCCGCGUGGAGCCCCCCCACGACAGCCAGGAGGACCUCCGGGACGACCUGUCAAUCAACUCUUACUGCCGCAUGGAGCAGGACGACGAGGUCCAGGAGGCGGAGGCUCUGCUGUGUCUGCCUAUGGACUCGUCCCUCCAGCUGGGGGAGGGGCCUGAGCCCAGCGAGACGUCCCACGACACGAGUCGUUCGGCGGACACACUCCGCCCCCGCCGGCCGCCCCAGCACCCCUACGCCACGCGCAUCAAGCACCCGUCUGGCUCCAACGUCAGCUUCAGCCACGACACGGAGGGGGGCGGGGACCAGCAGGCCCAGGAGCUGUCUCUGGGCGGCGGCGGCGGCGAGGUGGACGACUUUGUGUGCGACUACCACCUGGAGAUGCUGAGCCUGUCCCAGGACCAGCAGAACCCGGUCAGCAUCCAGUUCGACGACCUGUCGUGGCAGGGCCACCUGUCCUCGCUGAAGCCCCUGGGCCUCAACAUCCUGCUCAACCUCUGCAACGGCGCCGUCACCCAGCAGCUCUGCCGCUUCUCCGACCACCUGUCGGACCGCGCCCUCCGCGAGACCCGCGGCGCCGUGAGGCCCGUGCACGUGCCCUGGGGCCUGUGUGAGCUGUCCCGCCUCAUAGGGUUCACCCCGGGUGCCAGGGAGCUCUUCAAGCAGGAGAACCACCUGGCCAUGUACCAGAUGCCCUCUGCUGAGAAGAUGUGUGACCCCGCCCCCCGCCGGCCCACCAACCACUUCACCAAGCGCCAGCCCCCCAUCUCCCACAUCAUGUCCCUGUUCGUACGGGACUCCUCCUCCAAUAACGUCCAGAUGCUGUCCCACGGCUCGGCUGACCUCAUCCUAGAGGCCUGCACGGACUUCUGGGACGGUGCUGACAUCUACCCGCUCUCUGGAUCAGAUAGGAAGAAAGUGUUGGACUUCUACCAGCGGGCGUGUCUGUCGGGCUACUGCUCGGCCUUCGCCUACAAGCCCAUGCAGGUGUCCCUGUCGUCGCAGCUCAACGGCAAGUGUGUGGAGCUGGCGGCGUCGGGGCCCAACCUCUUCGCGGGGCUGGAGCUCCCCUCCACCACCCCCAUCAAAACAGGCUCCCGCAGGAACAGCUGGAGCUCCGACGAGGGCAUCGGCGAGGGCGUGGAGCGGGAGGACUGCGUGCAGGCGCUCAGCGGGCAGAUCUUCAUGGGCAUGGUGUCCUCCCAGUUCCAGGCCCGGCUGGACACCGUGCGGCUCAUCGACGCGCUGGUGGCCGCCUGCAUCCGCUUCGUCUACUUCUCCAUGGAGGACGAGCUGCGCAGCAAGGUGUUUGCAGAGAAGAUGGGUCUGGAGACGGGCUGGAACUGUCACAUCUCUCUCACCCCCAACGGGGAGGGGGGGGCGCACUCCAGCCCCGGCCAGGGCUCCUUACACGACGACGCGCACCACGAUUCCCGCGAUGAGGCAGAGGGACCCCUUCUCCAAGAAGAGGAGAUCCACUCCGACCUGGCCAGCUUCCAGCCUACGGACAGCGACGUCCCAAGCUUCCUGGAGGACUGCAACCGGGCCAAGCUUCCCCGUGGUAUCCACCAGGUCCGACCCCACCUGAAGAACAUUGACAAUGUGCCUCUGUUGGUUCCUCUCUUCACCGACUGCACCCCAGACACCAUGUGCGAUAUGAUGGAGAUCAUGCAGGAGAACAGAGAGGUCACCUGUUGUCUGGGCAGUGCCGCAAACUUCCGCAAUAGUAGGCUGUUUCUUCAGAGUAACCUCAGCAUCGCUCUGGACCCGCUGUACCCCUCGCGCUGCUCCUGGGAGACGUUUGGCUAUGCGGCGGCGGGCGCUGGGGGGGGUAGCUUCAACGGGGACAUGGAGGGACUGACCCCUCUGAGGCUGUCUGGAGAGCUCAACACCCUGGGCUGUUCCGUCUGCUUCCACCAGGGGGAGAGCGUGAGCAUGGUCAAGCUCAUUGAGCAGGCACGGCACACGACCUACGGCAUCCGAAAGUGCUUCCUGUUCCUGCUUCAGUGUCAGCUGAGUCUGGUCAUCAUUCAGUUCCUGGCCUGUCUGGCCCAGCUCCCCCCUCCCAUCAACACCACCGAUAUCCUGUGGUUGUCCUGCUUCAGCUGUCCACUCCUCAGUGUGUCCCUUCUGGGGAAACCUCCGGACAGUUCAGUCAUGACGGUAGCAACAGGGAAGAAUCUAGACGCUAUUCCACGCAAGACCCAGAACUACUUCCUGGGCUGCUUCCUGUUGAAGUUCGGUCUGACUGUGUGUGCCUACCUGCUCGGUUUCGGCUUCACCCUGCAACAGUUCUGCCAGCUGUCAGCUGGCAAGGGGUCGGGAAACAUGACCGAGGACAGCAACAGCACUGAUCCCGACUCCUGCGGUCACAUACUCACCACCAGUGUGUCACAGAGCGCACCACGCUGGUUCGGAGAGCUGUCCAAUGGUCUGCUGCUCACACAGAAGGUCAUGGCCGGCUUCCUGGCCCUGCACACAGUGGUGGUUUCCCUGAGCUAUGUGCACCGCUCCCAGUCUCUGUGGAGGAAGAGUCCCUUCAGCAACACUUGGUGGUGUCUCACCGUUCCCGUCGUCCUGCUCGGCCAGGUGGUGCAGGCCACCGUGGACUACCAGCUGUGGUGCGACCGGAGUUCCCCGUUGACCUUUGCCCUCUGGGACAUCCCCCUGACGGCGCUGCUGCUGGUGUCCCUGUCCCCGCUGCUGGUGGUGCUGGUGAACGAGAUGGUGAAGCUACAUGAGAUCAGGGUGAGGGUUCGAUACCAGAAGCGGCAGAAAUUACAAUUUGAGACUAAACUGGGAAUGAACUCGCCAUUUUGAUUGGCUCUGCUCCAAGGAACUCAUUGUUGCGCACACACCCCUGUGCCUCAUUUCUUAGGGUACAGGACCAGGCCUCAGCCCACACACACUGCAGCUCUUUUAGUUUGAACGUAUAGGGCUUUAGCACAUAUGUCACAUGUGUAUGACAUAUGUGUUCUAUGUGUAUAAUACAUUCAACGCACAUAUUUAAAACUUCUGAUUUCGAUCUACAUUUAAGCUUCUUUUUAUUGGGGGGGAUUGACACAGAAAAGGUGGAGGUGUUUGCAAAGCAUUUAAAGUCCAAUCUUCUUGAUCCAAAUUCCUAAUCCAAACUAACCCCUACCCCAACUAACCCAAACCCUAACCAAACCUAACACAAGUAAGCCAAAACUCUGCAGGAAAACUAUUUAUUGAAAGAUCGUUUUAUAGAAGAAGCAUGGGGAAUGUUUUUUGAAGAGGUAAUACUCUCACAAUCGCUUUUAGUUUGUCAUUAAGAUACACACUUCUGCAUGGAUUGUUUUACACACUCUGCAUCACAUUUAUUCAUAUUGUAGGUCCACGGGAAAUUGGAUACAAAAAUGCUGAGAUUAGCAGGCUAAUUCUGACGGUAUACUCAUUCUCGGAGUUGCCCUGAUUGCAUAAAGAGAAGAGUGGUUUCCAGAUUUGAUGGUGAUUUGAUUGUAUCCUUAAACUAAUCCUAAUGGUUUUUUUUCAAGUGAAAAUGCGAUGCUAGCAUGUACAUGACUGUGUCCACUCUGUUGCCACUGUCUUGGGCUCAAUCGAGGGUCGAGGUCUACAGAGUUGAUGUGCUGUGUUUUAGGGUUGUUGCAUAUUGUUGCAUAUCUACAGGGAAUGAUGUAAUGCUACCUCUUGUAAGUCUGGAAAGCUUGAACAAAACAAAAAAGGGUUAAAAUGAGAAAGCUCUGUAAAUAAGCCCUGGCAAAGACAUUACAUAAUCACAUGAAGCUAUUUUCUCAAGGUCCGCCUCACACAAAAGGAUUUACAGUAGAUUGUGCCCAAUGCAAGAGCUUCUGUUUUGAUCCAAUAAUUUUUAUGUCCCUGUUAAGAAUGACUGCUCAUGUUAUAUCCACCCACCUCUUGUUUCAAUCUCAACAGGAAGGUCUCUACACGAGACUUGUAAUGUGUGAGAACGACCAUUGGGCUAAACACAACAAUCCCUGCAAAUCCUUGCAAAAAAAUUUUUUUUUGCAAGGAUUUUUUUUUAUGCAGUCUUCUGGAAGGUGCUUUCUCGAACGGGUGCCUUUACUCUGCCUGACUAGUCGCUCUGCUAUACAACGACGAGUCAUUCCAAUAACAUUUAGACCUAGAAACAAACCUACAAAAUGCCGGCUGCUAUUUUUUGGUAAGCGACAAAUUUUAAAUACGCACAAAUGGUUUGCAAAAGUGAUACACGUGGUUACACGCAGAGGAUUAUAAACUUAAUUUUGCAGUUUGACUUCGUCUCUAAAAUAUCCUCCUGGUUAAUUUGUACUUCUCAUACUGUGCUCCCAAUUGAACACAGCCUUCCUUCGUUUUGCCUCACACAGACGUGAUGCCAUUCAUCCACAACGUUUGCUUCUCCAUAUGAUGUGUCAUGACCACAUGGCAUUUGUUGCCACAACUCACGAAGGCUCAGUUUGAUAUCAUCAGAAUAAAUGAAAGGGAUAUCUGGGUGUUAUAUGGGUUUUAGUUGACCAUAUGUGCCCAUCACCAGUCCUCAAGCCUUUUAUAAGCAUUUUAUUAGGUUGACGGUUCAUUCUCGCAAUAUGAAGAAAUAAACGGAUGGGGGUAGGUGAUGCCAUUCAUGUUGAUGUACCAGCCAUGUAGAUCCUAGUUUAACUCAUGCUGUCUUUUUAAGGAGUCACCGCAAUGUGUACAUUAUUUUAAAAUGCUGUACAUUUUAUUUUUUUGUUUUCCACAUUUUGUACUUGAGUUAAUUUAUGGUGUCACUGAGUUUCUGUUAAUGUUGCAUGAGAAGGAUAUUUAGUCAGCGUUCUGGUUGGGAAAUCUUUUAGUAAUAUUCAGUUUGUCAGCUAUAACUUGUGAUUUGAAUCGCUGAUGCAUGUGCUGCUGGUGUUUAGUCAAACUAUUUUCUGAUGAAACUAGGAAAAACUAUUCAUGCAUAUGAUUGACUGUUGGCUGACAGCCAAUUUGUCAUUUCAUUAGGAGUGCUGAUGUUGAUGUGGUUGUUCACAAGAUCCGUAAAUGUAUAUUUUGUAUUUUUUCAAAAGAUAAAUGUUUUCUUUUUUGUACAUUUCGUUUAUGCAUUGAUUUAUGUGAAGUAAAUAAAGGCGGUCCUUUUUUAUUACA